CUUUGAGCGGCUCUUUGAGCGGCUCUGCUCCGUGUUGUCCGCCGUUCUGCGGCGCUCUGGACCGAUGUCUCUGCCUGUCAGGAGUUUGAAGUGUCUCUCCCCGGUCAUGUGCCAGUGUAAGGUCAUCUGCAGCAACCGGACCCUCUCCCUCAUGUUUGGGUGUAAGAAGUACAGGUACCAGGAUGAGGAGACGCCCCCCCUGGAGCACAGUCCAGCACAUCUGGCUCAAGGGAAAAGUGCAGAGAUGCUUCAUAUGAGUGACAAGAACCUCACUGCCAUGGAGGCUAUACAUGGCUACACACCACAUACGCAUAUCUCUCCUGUGAAGCCUGUGUUGAUGUCAACGGGACACACUCCAAUGUACACCUCUGCUGUUUCCACACUGGGAAAUAGCCCUCCAGUGGUGGUGAACACGGACACUCUGGAUGGCUCCCCAUAUGUGAAUGGGACAGAAGGAGAAAUCGAGUAUGAGGAAAUCACAUUGGAAAGAGGUAACUCGGGCCUGGGUUUCAGCAUAGCGGGGGGAACAGACAACCCUCACGUGGGUGAUGACCCCAGCAUCUUCAUCACCAAAAUCAUACCUGGAGGAGCCGCGGCUCAGGAUGGACGGCUCAGUGUUAACGACUGCAUCCUGUUUGUGAAUGAUGUUGAUGUGAGGGAAGUGACACACAGCCAAGCUGUAGAGGCUCUUAAGGAGGCAGGUGCUAUUGUCCGCCUCUAUGUUCUCCGCAGAAAACCAGCAGCAGAAAAAGUCACUGAAAUCAAACUGAUCAAAGGGCCUAAAGGAUUAGGUUUCAGCAUUGCCGGAGGGGUGGGAAAUCAGCACAUACCCGGAGAUAACAGCAUCUAUGUCACUAAGAUCAUUGAAGGGGGAGCAGCUCAUAAAGAUGGGCGUCUGCAGAUCGGGGACAAGAUCUUAGCGGUGAACAACGUGUGUCUGGAGGACGUGAUGCACGAGGAUGCGGUGGGGGCUCUGAAGAACACAGCCGAGGUGGUGUACCUCAGGGUGGCCAAGCCCAAUAACCUGUUCCUGACCAACUCCUACAACCCCCCAGACCUCACCAGCAGUACGUUCCUCUCAUAUUCCCAUAUGGAUACUGAACUUAGCCACCCCAACUACCUUGGCUCAGAUUACCCACAAGCCCUCACUCCAACCUCACCAAGUCGGUUUUCUCCCGUUCUGCAUGGCAUGAUGGGAGAUGAUGACAUUCCAAGGGAGCCUCGUCGAGUUUUAAUCCACCGAGGCUCUACAGGUCUGGGAUUCAACAUUGUCGGAGGAGAGGAUGGAGAAGGAAUCUUUAUUUCCUUCAUCCUGGCAGGUGGACCGGCUGACCUCAGCGGAGAGCUUCACAAGGGCGAUCAGAUCCUCAGUGUUAACGGCGUGGAUCUGCGAAUGGCCACACACGAACAGGCCGCUGCAGCGCUCAAGAAUGCUGGCCAGACUGUUACCAUCUUGGCUCAGUACAGACCCGAUGAGUACAGCCGCUUCGAGGCUAAGAUCCACGACUUGAGGGAGCAGCUAAUGAACAGCAGCAUGGGCUCUGGGACGACAACGCUGAGGAGUAACCCAAAGAGAGGCUUUUACAUCAGGGCUCUUUUUGACUAUGACAAGACAGCAGACUGCGGCUUCCUGAGUCAGGCUCUGGGAUUCAGGUUUGGCGAUGUGCUGCAUGUGUUGGACUGCGGAGACGAAGAGUGGUGGCAGGCCCGCAAGGUCAGCCCGCAGAACGAGGCGGAGGAGGUCGGCUUCAUCCCCAGCAAGCACAGAGUGGAGAGAAAAGAGUGGUCUCGUGGUAACACCAAAGAGAGGGAUCUUGGUCGAGACAGCUUGAGCACUCAAGGGAGAGACAAAAAAACCUCACAAAGUUAUGAGACCGUCACUCAAGUAGAAGUACAUUAUGCGAGGCCCAUCAUCAUUCUGGGUCCGGUGAAAGACAGGAUAAAUGAUGACCUGUUGUCCGAGUUCCCCGAUAAGUUUGGAUCUUGCGUCCCCCACACCACGCGGCCCAAGAGGGAGUACGAGGUGGAUGGGCGGGACUAUCAUUUUGUGUCGUCACGGGAACAGAUGGAAAAGGACAUCCAAAGCCAUCGGUUCAUUGAGGCUGGACAGUACAACAGUCACUUAUACGGGACCAGUGUCCAGAGUGUCCGUGAGGUGGCUGAGCAGCAGGGGAAACAUUGCAUCCUCGACGUCUCAGCCAACGCCGUGCGAAGACUACAAGCGGCUCAGCUUCAUCCCAUCGCCAUCUUUGUCCGACCCAAGUCACUGGAGAAUGUUCUAGAAAUCAACACUCGUCUGACGGAGGAGCAGGCCAGGAAAGGAAUGGACCGAGCCCUCAAACUAGAGCAAGACUUCCUAGAGUGCUUCACAGCUGUCGUGGAAGGGGACAGCUUUGAAGAGGUUUAUCACAAAGUAAAGACAGUGAUUGAGGAGCAAUCAGGGCCUUACAUCUGGAUCCCCACCCGGGAGAGGCUGUGAUGCUGCACCGGCCCAGCCCCCCCCUCCACCCCCGACCCCCCACCAACCACAGCCACCGACCGACACCGCCCUCCGCCCUCCACGCUCACAGCCAAGCCAGCCUCGCCUGCCUGCCUGUCCGUCCGUCCGUCCUCCAGCCAAGUCAGCGCUUAGGCAAUCACUGCAAACGACACACAGAGAGACGACUCCCAACACAGGAAGUGAGACCACGAGGCAAAGAAGGAAUUCCCAAAUACCAGACAGAUACCAGCAGAGUGAGGGGUUGUUAAACUGAAAACAUAUGAAAUGAAAAGAUUGAAUCGGUAAUCCACUUUAAUGAAGCAGGACUGGAUGUUGAGUUUCCCGUUCACACUUAGCAUUAAAUGCACUUUGCAUACAAGCUUUGACUGUAUUCCAAACAGGAGAAACCAAAUCUCUGAGACACUUAAGUGAUGCUAUAUAAUCUGUGUGCAUAUGUCUGACAUGUGUUAAGAUGCAUUUGCAGUUUCCCACUAGAGGAAAAGCAGAUGAAGUGAAAUCUGAUCACGAAGGUCCCGGUUGAGGGAGAUUUGAGUCACAAAUUUGAUGCCAGGUGUGAACUGCAGUCCAUAUCUUCUUCUGGAUCUCGGCACUGUCUUGAUGUAUUUGGUCAGGCUUAAAUGAGAGUAGAGGGUGACCCAGCAGGUAGUAAGACCGCCUCACCCCCCCUCCCCCCCCCCCCCACCCAUCUCAAGUCUCAUCCUCACACUGAACACCUCCAUGUGCCAGUGCCGUGGAGAUGGAGGAGCUCAAAGAGACCCUGGCCCCCUCUUUUUAUAUUGCCCGUUGGUUUCCUGUCCUCCCCCUCCUGCCAGCUCUGCCUUGUUUCAGGAAAAGAAAUUGGGGGAAGACUGAGAACAGGGGGAGGCCCAAAAAACCUGCUGAGUCCCUCUUGAGCAGGAGUCUUUUCUCAGCAAAGAGCCACAUUUUGAAAAUCUUUUCUUGGUUUCUGGUGUGAACUCAGAAUGACACCUCAGUGGCCAAGACUGACCUUUUGUUCUCUCACUCAUCUCGAAUAUUGUGAGGCAUUAUUUAAAAGGCAGUUCGGAUAAUAAUGAUUAAGAAAAAAAAACCCUCAUUAUGCUGAUUUUGUGCAUGCAUCCUCACAGAUGAUAAGAGACCAGAGAUGAAAUUUGGUGGAAGAGUAAGAGAAAAAAAAAGGCAAGUAAGGUGUGUUCUCCAUCUCUGCUUCCUUGUUGUGAAAGUGUGGGUCAGCAUAUCUGAUGGAGAAAGAAGGGAAAGGAGAAAAAAGGCCACAAGAGGCUGGUCCUGAACCAACCACAUGCUCAGACAUCAAGCUUUAGCCUCUACUCUCGUCUGCACACACACUCACGCACCCACACACACACACACACACCGGUAUGAUCUCACACCCAUCCAGUGACACCCACAUCCGUGUGGAGCUGUGACCUCAGCCGGCCCGCUCCUCACUCCUCUGCAGGGGGACCGGCCGCUCUGACCCGCCGGUCAGAAACCCAGGAUGAAUGUUAUCUCUCGGCACAAACAGCAGAGCUCUCAGCCUCGGCGCCCCCGCAGUCAACUCGCCGCUGACUCUUCCAGAAGACCCCCCUCGGCCACAGACGUACACCCCUGUUUCCAGAGGCCGCGGUCAAAGCCAUGGCAUGAGUGUGUGUGUCUGUGUAAGUGUGUGCGUGUCUCUGCACAGUCGUGCACUACCGUGUGUGUGGAAACUCUGUGCAGGAGGGGGGAAUAGGUCUUCUUUUAUUCUCUCUCUUCCACUUUUCUCUGCUUCUUUCUCCCUCUUGAGGUCCACACAAAUUAAAGUUAAGUCAUGUUUAAAGAAAAAUAUCAAUGACCUAUAUAUAUAAAUAUAUAUAUAUAAAUAUAUAUAAAUGUAUAUCUUUUUUAUUACAAUUUCUAACAGAACUAAGUCUGUAAAAAUCAGCAUUUCCAAACAAUAUUCAAUUACUUUAUUUGGGUAAUAUUGCAUUUUGGUUGUUGAUUACUCACUUUUCCAUUUUAUUGUUGUAAAAUGCAGCAAGGAACUACAGAGGAAAAAAAACUACAGAACUGUUCAAGCUGAUGUGAAGCAGACCUCAUACUAGAGCUUUGAACUGACAUAUAAGACAUGCUCUGGUUUCAAAACUAAUUGAAAACUAUGUGCAAUGCAGCUGUGUGUGUCUUUGUGACUGCAUGUGUGUGCAUAUGGGAGUUUGUUGCUUGUGUGAGUGGAAGGGAAGCGUGUGUGUGAUAUGUAUAAAAUAUAGAGAUACUAGAUGAGAAUAUCUAUCCUUUAUAACAGCUUACGCUGGUUAUGAUGUACAAUACAUACACAGAUGAUGUGAGCAUAUGUAUGUGUGUGUGUGCGUGUGUGUGUGUGUGUCUGUGUGCAAGAGUGAGACACACACAUGAAGAUGUAGUGCAAUACUGCUAUGAUGUUAUGCAAUGAAGAUGGUUUUAUGUGGAAGUUUAAAAUGGUAUCUGUGAAGUUUGCACUGAUGGCAUAAACUGCUGUGGGUAUGAGCAGGGCUGAGGCAGCGAUUGGAGGCUAAAUGACUCCAGGGCAACAUUUUAAGAGUAAGUGUUUGUAUUAAUUUCUAUGUUCUGAAUUAUAAGAGUGCAGGUCGGAAGUAUUGAUGGAAGUGACCAUUCAUAUUUAUUGUCUAUUUUUGCUCACUCUCAGCACAAGAUGGAGCAGCUGAGGCUGGUGAAAGACAAGUAUCAAUUUCUGUUUUUUUUGGGUUUCAAUUUUGUUAUUUAUUUAGGGGCUGUCACUGGAUCCAUCUCAAGUCUGCAUAUUUUUGUAUAUCUUUUCCUUUUUCUGCAUCGAGACAGCUAUUGGGUCUUCGCCACAAAUGCUGUAAAUACAAUAGAGAAGUCGGGGUUGCAGUGUGACUUGGGAUUGGCUGUCACGCUGCUCUUCGGAACGUAAAAGAAGCAGCCCAGUUCAACUGCUCAAACCCAGAAACGACAUUUGAUUACUCUGAGUGGGGCAACACACACACACACACAUACACACCACAUAUCAGCACGUUCACACAUGCCUUUACAUUUACACACUGAUGGAGUCACAUAAACGGCACACUCAUGAAUUGAAUAAUGUGUUUUCAGUUUCUUUCUUUGAGAGUUCAAUGUAUUUCUUAAUAUCUCUCUCAGCCAUCCGUAUCAUAGUGUGAUAUUCCUUAUAAAAGUAUAUGAAUUUUUACAGAAAAGACUGAUUACAAAGUUACAACAAAGUCAACUGAUGCAGAAAAAUAUAUUCAAUAAUGACAAUAUGAAGCGAAAUAAAAUGUUCCAGUUCAGUGAAGCGCUUGUUGUAAAAUAGCUAUAAAUUAAUAAAAUUAAUUUAAAAAUGCUUUCUGAAAGGGGACUCG